AUGGCUCCGCUCACCCGCGCCACCGCGCUGCCUGCACAGCGACCCGCCGCAUCACAUACGGACAAUUCCGCCGCCAACCUCGAGGCGGAGCCCAGCGCCAUGCGCACUGUCCCCCGAUUCCUUCGGCUCGCAGCCGUCUCCGCGCGCCCCUCCGCCUCCACGCCCGCCAAGCCAGGGGGCCCGUUGCGGCUGGUGCUGCCCGCGGGAAUUGGACGAGCACCGGGCGCCAGCCGGGCACAGAAGCAGGAGGGGGAGCGGCAAGCGGAGCAACCGCGCGAGGAGGCAAUCAGGGGAGCAUCCCCCGCCAGCAGCGCGCGCCCGCUGCUCUCCGCCAAUCUGGGGGCGCAUGGCGCGGCUUCCAGGGGAACCAAGGCGCGGGCAAGGGCGGCGGAUGUGGAUACGGGGGCAGAGAAUGCGCGGGGUCGUGGGGGAGCCGGCAAGGAAGGGGAGGCGGACAGCCGUGACGGUAGCGGCGGUGGCGAGGGGGCGAUGGAGGGGCGGAUGGAGGGGGCGGAGAGGAGGGGGAAGGUGGCAGAGGAGAGGGGAGGCGGCAGCAGUAGCGAGGCGAGCGGAGGGCUGAUAGGGGAGCAGGAUCGGGGGAGCAGGGGGGGCGAGGAUGGGGAGGAGGACGGGGAGAAGGAGCAGAGGAGGCGGAGUGGCGGAGGGCGGGGGGGAGCAGCGGCGGUGAACAGGGGGGCGUGGACGGCGGAGGAGGACGAGCGGCUGGCGGCGCUGGUGGCGGUGCACGGGGCGAAGAACUGGAGCGCCAUCGCUGCUGGCAUCCCUGGCCGGCCUGGGAAGAGCUGUAGACUCAGGUGGUGCAACCAGCUGGACCCGGCAUUGAGGAGGGGCCAGUUCACAGUGGAGGAGGAUGCGCGCAUCAUCACAGCACAUGCCAUCCACGGCAACAAGUGGGCCCUCAUCGCCAAGAACCUUCCCGGACGCACGGACAACGCCAUAAAGAACUAUUGGAACUCCGCCAUGCGCCGCAAGUACCCUCUCCUGCGCGGCCUCCUCUCCGCGCCCGCUCCUGGGCCCCCACAACACUCCGCCUCCCCCUCCCACCCUUCCCCGGGGCAGCCUGAUGGGCAGCAGCAGGGCGAGGGGGAGAGCGCGUACGAGCGCGCAGUGCGGUUUGUGGGGGCCGUGCAGGCGAGAGGCGUGGCGGCGCUGGUGGAGGAGGUGGAGCGCGUGCGAGAGGAGGAGGGCGUGGGGCGCAUCCGCAAGAUCCUGGAAGGUUCGCCCCUGGGGGAUGCGGCGCUGCUGCAGGCUGUGGAGAGGGAGUGGCGCGAGAGAGAGGCGCGCGGGCGAGGGGUGGAGUGCAUGGGUGGAGGCGAAGGGGAGGACGUGGGAGGGGAAGGAGAGGACGGGGGGGUGAGGGAUGGGCAAGUUGAUGAGGAGGAGGGGAGGCCGAUUGAAGGGGAGGUGCGGGUAAGCGAGGGAGACGAGAGGGCGGAAGGAAUAGGCGAGGGAGAGGAGAAUGAGGAUUGGGGGGAUGGGGAACAGAUGGCGCAGGGAGCAGGGGAGUGGGAGCAGGCGGGCGGGGUAGGAGGGGUUGGUGAUGGGGGGAAAGGGCAGCGAAACAAUGGAGGGCUGGGAGCCAAUGAUCAAGAGGUGGAGGAGGAGAGGGAGGGGACGGAAAGGGGCAGGGCGGAGGAGAGAGUUGAGGAGGGGCGAGUGGUGGCAAGAGGAGAAGCGGCGAUGGGAGAGGCGGGAACGAGAGUGGGGCUGGGCGUGGAGCAGACAAGAACCAGUGCAGGCGAGGGUGGCCGUAGGGAGGCAAGGGGGCGGUUGCCUGCUGGUGGGGCUGGGUGGACGGGCGGGCGAGAGGGGGCACAGGGAGUGGGGACUGGUGAGGGCGAGCGGUGUUGUCGUGGGCGCCAUGAAAGGGAGGCAGUGCAGCAGGCAGGACAUGGUGGGGCGAGGGCAGGGGUUGCACCAGGGGAGUGCAGGGCGAAUGAGGCGAGAGAGGGGGGAAGAGGAGUGAAGCAGGAAUUGGAUGAGGGGGUGAAUGACGUGGAAGUGGUGGGAGGAAUGGAAGAGGAGGGUGAGUGGUGUGCGCCUGAGCCACACACCUCCACAGCAUGUGCUCUCCCUCCGCCCCUGCCACACUGUGACGUGCUUCCUGUUGCCACCCCCACCACUGCCACCCACACCAGUGCCACCCCCACCAGUGCCACCCACACCAGUGCCACCCACACCAGUGCCACCCACACCAGUGCCAGCCACACCAGUGCCAGCAUCAGCCAUGCGACGAGCGGGGGUGGUGGCAGUGACAGUAGGCAUGCUAGGGGCAUACCUGUGGAGGCGUCUGUUGGGGGUGACCCCGUGCCAUGCAGUGCAGUGGGGCCCAGCAGCAGGAAGAGGCAGUACGAGGCCUGCCGUGAUGAUGGGGGUGACUAUGGUGGUGGUGGUGAUGCUGCUGCUGCUGAUGCUGCUGCUGCUGCUGCGGCUGGAAGUGGUGGAAGUGGUGGAAGUGGUGGAAGUGGUGGUGGUAACAUGAGCCAGCUCGGGACCCUCGCCUGCCACGUUGAUCGCCGCCUUCGCUUCCGAGCCUCACCCACUGCUGUGCCUGCACCUGCUGCUGCUUUGGCACCACUGCUGCCGCCUUCCACCCUUCCCACCACCCCUACUGUUGCCACCUCCCCCCUCCCUCCCUCACACACCUCUCAAGGCACCACCCAGCAGCCACACACACUGUCACCAUCACCAUCCUCCCCACCACUCACUCCCUCUUGCCCUCCCUCCCUCACUCACCCCCACCACCACCGCUCUCUCGCCCCUCCGCAUCUCUCCUCACGCUUUUCAUUCGCCACUCUCCCGCCGGGCCUCUCCCACUCCUCUCUCCUCCCUGCUACCCACACUCCCUCCCUUCUCCAGCCCUCUCAACCACACAGUCCGCCAAUGCCCCUUACUUCCCAGGUAGGGGUAGGCCGGGUAGCUGAGAAAUAUGGUGGCGGUGGCACGAGGGGCGUUGGUGGAGGGGGUGGGAGCAUGAGGGGAGUGGGUAUGGGGGCGUUUCAGCUGGGGAAGGCGUUUACUGCAGUGCAGGUGACAGGGGGCGAUGAGAGGAUCCGCAGGCACAGGGGAUGUGAGGGCGAGGAGGGGCGUGGGGGUGAUGAGGGGUGUGAGAUGGCCGUGAGAGUAGGGGAGAGGCGAGGACAAGAGCGGGAAAAGGAAGGGGGUUGCGGAGGGGAUGGAAUGGAGGUGACGGGGGUCAUGGAGGAGGAAAGCAGAGAGCAGCAGGGGAUGGAAAUCUGUGGGUCAGAGCAAGAGAAUGCCCUGUGCUCACACGGAGGACAUAAGACCUACUCACAGCCCUUGCAGUACACGCUGCACCCAGACACAUGCCUUGCUGCAGUCCCAGAGCCAAUGCAAGACUGCCACGUGGCAGGGCAGGGGCGAUGUGGGUCGCGUGUGCGGCGGCACGUGCAUCGAGUAGCGGCGUCGGCAUGUGGGGUGGCCCAUCUGCUGCUGGAGGAGCUGCAGCGGCGGCACGGAGUGGAAACACGGGCAGAUAAGGAAGCGGUGGAGGAGCGGCGAGGGGAGUCAGGGAACGUGAACGGGGAGUUUGGUGAGAGGUCACAGGCGGGAGAGCUGGUGGGGGAUGCAGGAUGUUGCAGGGGUGAGCGGUGCUGCUCGGUGAGCAGUGGUGGUGAGGGUGCAGCAGAGGGCAUGGCGUGCCGGCAUCUGCUAGAUGCCAUGCUGACUCGCGGGGAGCGCGUUCGCGGAGCGAGCGGGCCGAUACUGCGCGGUCGCGUGGCGCGUGGCGGGGGCGGCAGCGCGGUUGGCGGCGGCGGCGGGCUUGUGGGCGGCGGUUGCGGCCGCGGCGUUCGUGAUCCGCGGGUGCGCGUCGCUGGUGCCGCCGUCGCUGGGGUCGGCGGUGCUGCCGCUGGUGGGCGCGCUGGUGGGCAUGGGUCGCACCCUCGGCUGGCUCGUGCUCCUGCCCUCCCUCGUACGCUCCCCCCCCGCCCGCCCCCUCGCCCGCCCCCUCGCCCGCCCCCUCGCCCGCCCCCUCUCCCACCCCCUUCCAUCCACCCCAUGCCUCACACAUCCCCUCCUUGUGCGUGCAACCCCCCUGCCACUCUAAUCGCCGCCAUCCCCACGCUCGCCUCCCCUUGCUCCCCUUCUCGUGCUCACCUGCUCCUCCAACUCCCCAACGCCAACCCCUCCCACCUGUGCUCUCUUCCCCCUGUUCUCCCGCGUGCUCCCGCAUCCACCCCCCUGCAUCCACCAGGGAUAGUGGCAGCGAGCGGGUCUCCUCGAGCAGCACUGCUGCUGCUGGUGGCAUCGACGGUGUACCAUGUGGUGGUGCGCGCGGGGCUCACCACGCUGUGCCUCACGCUGCUCGCCUCCUUCCUCGCCGCCGACCUGCUGCUCCUCCUCGCCUCCUCCCUCCACGACGACCCCGCCCAACCCGACUCAACCCCUCCGAACCAGUCCCAAGCAAGCGCGGCUGGGGGGGAGAAGUCAGGAGGGGUGGGGGGAGCGGCAGGGGAGGGGGAAGCGGGGUUGGCAGGGGGAGAGGGGGGCAGGGGAGAGGCGAGUGGGGGCGGGGAGAUAGAGCGCAUAGUGCGGUGCGGCAACCACUACGAGGUGCUUCGCCUGGCGCCCUUCUGUGCGGCUGUGGAUGAGGGCGCCCUCAAGAAGGAAUACCGCCGCAUGGCAAUGCUAGUGCAUCCGGACAAGCAUGGGGAGGACGAGAAGAAUGCCAUAGUGGCGUUUCAACGCCUGCAGAGCGCAUACGAGGUGCUAUCAGACGAGGGGAGGCGGCGAGAGUACGAGGGCGAGCUGAGGCGCGAGCAGCUCGUGGAGCUCAUCACACGCAGGGCUGCACACAUGUGGCAGACGAGCAGCACAACAACUGGCAGGGCGGCAGCAGGGGGCAUGGGCGGGGCAGGAGGAAAAGGUGGAGGGGGGAUGGGGCAGGCAGGGGGGACAGCAGGGGGCGAGGAGGAGGAGGGGGGGCGGCCAGUGGCUUGCACUGAGUGUGGGAUGGCGCAUGUGUGGCGCCCCGUCUCCCGCCCCUGCAGCCAAGCCCGCUGGUGCCAGGUGGGGUGCGAUGGGGUGCAAUGGGGUACACUGGGGUGGAGUGGGAUGCAGUGGCAGGUGGGGGCGUGUGCAGUGGAGGCUGAUGGUCAUAGGUGGAGUGCAGUUCGAGAGUGUCAGAGGCACCACCCAUGCAAGGAGGGGGAUGGCUGGGUGGAGCAACUUCCCCAGCCUGCCUUGUUUGGCAUGCUAUCUGUUGUGAGUGCACAUGCUGCCACACACUCUGCACUCACCAGCCGGCACAGCACUGCCACUGUCACAGCACUGCCACUGUCACAGCACUGCCACUCUCACAGCACUGCCACUCUCACAGCACUGCCACUCUCACAGCACUGCCACUCUCACAGCACUGCCACUCUCACAGCACUGCCACUCUCACAGCACUGCCACUCUCACAGCACUGCCACUCUCACAGCACUGCCACUCUCACAGCACUGCCACUCUCACAGCACUGCCACUCUCACAGCACUGCCACUCUUACGCCAUGCUUCUUCACUCACCUCCCCUCGUGUCACAAUGUCGCCAUCGCUUCCCCUGCCCCAUACCCCCCUUCCGUGCGAGCAGAAGGGCCCACAGCACUUCUACACGUGUACGGACGGGCAGGUCUACCACAUCACUGACUGGGCGCGCUGCCAGGUGGGUUGCGGUGCUGCCAGGUGGGUUGCGGUGCUGCCAGGUGGGUUGCGGUGCUGCCAGGUGGGUUGCUCUGCCAGCCCCCUCAGCCUCUCAGCAGCCAAUGGUUUGGGAGUGAGUGAUGUGUUUAUCAAACAUAUAUGUGAUUCUCCUGUGUGCCCCGUGCGCCCUUGCUGCUGGCAGGGCAUGCAGUGCCCGCCCAACACGCACAAGCCCUCCUUCCACUUCAAGCUCUCCACUCACCCACCCUCGCCGCCUGCAUCCUCCGCCUCGCCCAGGAGCCAGCGCCAGAGGGGCAGAGGGGGCAGGGGCAGCGCCCGGGGCAGGGAAGAGCGCGAGGAGGGGUGGGCAGCAGGCAUGGCAGGGGGCAGCAGCGGCGGCGGAGUGCGUGUGGAGCUUAGUGAGGAAGAGAUGGUGACCCUCCUCGCCCGUGCUGUGAGCACUGGCGCCUUGAGCCCCACCCAGCUCUCAGAUGCCCUCAGAACAGCAUCCCAAUGUAGUGACAAGGGCCCACCCCCUCGGCGGAAAGGCAGGCGGCAGAAACCUCACUAA